UCUCCCAAACUUCCGAAAGCUCCGCUCAUCCACCCCUUUCAAAAAUAGUUAUAGUAUAAUAGUAUAUGACAACCAAGUAAAAUCAUUUCUCUCUCUUCCAUUUUUCUCUCUCUCUCUAACCCCGCCGGAAUAUUCCACAUGGACGUCCGCCGGAGACACCUCAAACCACCACGUCCAGCCACCACCCUGAACGGAAACCACCACCUCCACCACCACCACCAGGGAUCAUCCUCCGACGUUGAUAGCACCCCCAAAGCCUCCGACGCCCUCCCUCUUCCUCUCUACCUCACCAACGGCAUUUUCUUCACGCUCUUCUUCUCCGUCGCCUACUACCUCCUCCACCGGUGGCGCGACAAGAUCAGAAGCUCCACGCCCCUCCACGUAGUCACCCUCUCCGAGCUCGCCGCCAUCGUCUCGCUCAUUGCCUCCUUCAUCUACCUCUUGGGCUUCUUCGGCAUCGAUUUCGUCCAAUCCUUCAUCGCACGCGCUUCCAACGAUGCCUGGGACGUCGACGACGCUGCCGCCGAACGCUUCAUCCUUGAAGAAGACCGCCGCCGAGUACCUUGCCCUGCCGCCUCCGUCGAUUGCACCAUCCCUACCGUCACCGCCGUAGCUCCCGUGCCCAAACUCAUCGAUCCGCCUUUGCCUCUUCCGUCUGAAAAGGACGAAGAAAUCGUCAGAUCGGUGGUCUCCGGGACCACUCCGUCUUACUCGCUCGAGUCGCAACUCGGCGACUGUCAUCGUGCGGCUUCGAUUCGACGCGAGGCCGUGCAGAGAGUUACAGGGAGGUCGCUUUUAGGGUUACCAUUGGGCGGAUUCGAUUACCAGUCGAUUUUAGGGCAAUGCUGCGAGAUGCCGGUGGGUUAUGUGCAAAUUCCGGUCGGCAUUGCCGGGCCGUUGUUGCUCAACGGAUGCGAAUACUCGGUGCCAAUGGCGACAACGGAGGGUUGUUUGGUUGCAAGUACGAAUAGAGGUUGCAAGGCGAUAUAUGCUUCAGGUGGUGCCACCGGCAUUGUUUUCAGAGAUGGGAUGACCAGAGCUCCUGUUGUGAGGUUCCCAUCGGCAAAGGAUGCUUCCGAAUUGAAAUUCUUUUUGGAAGAUCCUCUUAAUUUCGAUACAUUGGCAGUUGUUUUUAACAAAUCGAGCAGAUUUGCAAGGCUCCAAAAUAUUCACUGUUCUAUUGCAGGUAAAAAUCUUUAUAUGAGAUUUUGUUGCAGCACAGGCGACGCAAUGGGAAUGAACAUGGUGUCCAAAGGUGUUCAGAAUGUUUUGGAGUUCCUUCAAAAUGAUUUUCCUGAUAUGGAUGUAAUUGGUAUCUCUGGAAAUUUUUGUUCAGACAAGAAACCAGCAGCAGUUAAUUGGAUCGAAGGGCGUGGAAAGUCGGUUGUUUGUGAAGCUAUUAUCACUGAAGAGGUGGUGAGGAAGGUACUGAAAACCACUGUACCUUCUCUCGUAGAACUUAACAUGCUCAAGAACCUUGCUGGUUCUGCUGUUGCUGGUGCUCUUGGUGGUUUCAAUGCCCAUGCUGCCAAUAUAGUCUCUGCAAUAUUUAUAGCCACUGGGCAGGAUCCAGCACAAAAUAUAGAAAGUUCCCACUGCAUAACUAUGAUGGAGGCCGUCAAUGAUGGGAAAGAUCUUCAUGUCUCAGUGACCAUGCCUUCCAUUGAGGUGGGUACUGUUGGAGGUGGUACUCAACUUGCAUCUCAGUCGGCUUGCCUGAAUCUUCUCGGUGUGAAAGGUGCAAGCAAAGAGUCACCAGGAUCAAACUCGAGGUUAUUGGCGACCGUAGUAGCUGGUUCAGUUUUGGCUGGGGAGCUCUCCUUGAUGUCUGCCAUUGCAGCUGGGCAGCUUGUCAAGAGCCACAUGAAAUACAACAGAUCAAGCAGAGAUGUCUCUAAAGUUGGCUCUUAAAGAGGAAAGAAGAAACAAACUCCCAGCAAAUAGUCCUCCAAAAAAAAAAAAAAAACCAGAAAUAAGCAUUUGAAGAGGCCUGAGGGAAAAUGCAGACAAUGUUAGGGAGGAUAAAUGUAAACAAUGCACAUGUGAGAUUGCCUCUCUUCAUAGCUGUAAAGUUGGCAAUCAUGAUGUGAUGUAAAAGAGCACAUGAGGGCAACAUGCCUGGUUGUCCCCUCUCUCUCUCAUCCCAGUGACUUGUGACCCAUUAGAGUCUCCAAAUAUUUGGUACCCAUCUUGUCCUAGUUGUGAAAUUAGUCAUUGUUUGACCUUGGCGCAUUAUUUGUGGCAGAAUUGGUUCAAAAGUUGUUUUUCACAUUGUCAUUUUGCUUGGCAUGUAAACACUUUAUAAUGUUGUGUUGUAUAAUAUGCAGACCUGCUUAGGCCUAA